AUAUCUGGAAAUUAUUUAGAUGGCGCCUCUACCGUACUCCACCUCCGUGUUUCCACCGUCCACCACCGUUUCAUCGGUGGUUGCGCCUACGCUGAGGGUUGUCACCUUCAUUUCUCUAAUGAUAUCGCUAAUCAUCCUCACCACCAACACUGCCACUUUGUAUAUCAAUUUGGAAAAUAUAAAGCUUCGGUUUAAUGAUGUUUAUGCUUAUCGUUACAUGCUUGCAACAAUUGUGUUUGGCAUUGCAUAUACUCUCUUGCAAACUGCGUUUACAAUCUUCCAAGUGAGCAUGGGGAAACGGCUUGGUGGUGACGGACUCUAUCAAUUUGACUUCUUUGGUGAUAAGGUUAUGUCCUACAUACUAGCCACAGGUGCUGCUGCAGGCUUUGGUGUGACCAUAGAUCUGAAGCCCUUCUUUUUAGGAUCCAGCAUCAACCAUUUCUUCAACAAAGCAAGUGUUGCUGCUAGUCUUCUCCUCAUUGUAUUUCUAUUCACUGCAGUCUCAUCAGUUUUCUUAUCUAUAGCACUUCCUAAGAAAGGUUGA